UGUAAUGUGAUUUAAAACCUUGAGAGGUGGAGUCUAAUUUUGCAAAUGUGAAUCACCCAAUCCAAGGGGUGUUAAGCUAAGCAUAAGCUGCUUCCAAAUCAAAUCAGUGAGUGGAACAAGAUGGUGAGAUUAAACCUGUAAGGAAGAGGGCAGUCAUAUUGUCUUUGCGGCGGCGGUGGGCUCAUUUCAUCUUCUUCAAAUCGGCAAGUUUUCAGCCCUUCGACUACCCAGUUUGUUUCUACAAUAUCUGCAUUUACUCAAUUGAAAUUUCAGUUGGCAAUAUAAAAAUUCAUCUAAGUACAUAGCUUGUUGGAGAGAUGGAGGCAUCUGUGACUGGGGGCAAGGAGGAGGACAACAAAAACAACAAUGUGGCAACAGGGUACAGCAGCAACAAUGUCAAGAAGGCAAGAUUGCAGUCAACAAUGGCCACCCUCCUUAAUGAUCCUAUCCUCACAGACGUACCAAAGAAACCAACACUAUCGGAUGUCGAUAAUCUCAUCAGUUUGGAGCUUGGCAGCGCCAUGCGCAUUUCCAUCCUUAAAUUAGAUGGCACUUCCCUCGAUGUGGUGGUGAUGAAUUCUACGAAUGUGAAGGAUUUGAAAAUGGCAAUAAAGAGGAAAACUAAUGACAUGGAGCAGUCCAAGAUGGGUCAUCGGCACAUUUCUUGGAAGCAUGUUUGGGCAAACUUUUGUCUCUCGUACCAUAAUGAGAAGUUACUUGAUGACAACUCUGCCCUUCAGGAUUAUGGCAUUCGUAACAAUUCUCAGGUGCAAUUUGUUCCUUACGUCAUGUCGAGGACUUCUCAAAGACAUUCAAGGAGGAAGAGAAAACACAGUUUCUUUCACGGUCUCAACAAAAUUGCCUAAAAACCAAUGUUCACUUCACCUCAAGAUGUUGCAUCCUAUAGCUGAUAGCCGAUUUUUCCUACAUAUGUGGGCAAAGAUCCCCGGUGUGAGAGGCAAGGUAGAUAGGCUUUUCAUGUUCAUUGUUUAUAUAAAAUUUCGACAUUGUAUUGACAUAAUUGUUUGACAAAAUAUUACUCGGAACUUUUUCAUUUGCAGCAUUCAAUGUCCAAUGAAAAAUAAUAACCUUUUUUCUUUAUAGGAUUAGAAGGAAAUAUUCUAUGCGGCAGAAUGAAACUAGUAGAUGUAAUGAUUUUACAAGAGGUCGACCAAAUUGUAGGAAACACUUGCACAUUUCAAAUGCCA